CCCCCAACCACACUCGCCUUCAGAGUAACAGCAGCGGUGCCGGCAACCAACAUCAGAUGACUGGCCGGCGUAGGAAGUGGUUGCCUCCAGGAUAAGAGGAGUGGGACGCGUACCAUGGGCCGCAACUAAUGCGCUCACAAAAGGAACGGCCCUCGCCGGACAUAGAUCCAAGCCAGGGCAUUUCUUGCACAUUCAGACGACGGUGUAUUGUUGUUUUCUGUCGACCAAACCCCGGAACCGUCAUUGAGGAACUAUCGACGCAGUAUGGAGGCCAUUACAGAAGAACCGCUUCCCCACUCGGUAGUGAUUCGUCAAGCGGUCCAUGUCAUCACACAAACCCUGACACGGGAACAUACCACCUUUACCACCACCGUUACGCUGGGCGGAGAAGCCACAGACACGGCGGCGCAAGUCCCGGAGAAUCACGAAAGCGGCGGGGGUCUUAACGGGGCCCAAAUCGGAGCCAUCGUCGGCUCUCUUGUUGGCACCUUUGUCCUGAUCAUGGUCGUCCUAUGUUGUUGCUGUCAGCGACGUCCGCCCCCGAGGCGGCAUAAUGACCGUCGCAGCUACGGAAGCUACAGCAGCUCAUAUGUCACCGACGAUUUCGUCGAGCCGUGGCCGCCCAAGGGACAUUACCGGCGUACGCCGCAGCCCAUGGCCUUUCCCUUUCCCAUGAGACAGCCUACGCCGCGGCCUACACCACGGCCUACGCCGCGACCUGUCCCUGUGCAAAUGCCGCCGCCGGUUGUGGAACGCAUCCCCGGAGGUCCGCGAUACCCGACAUACCGCGCCAUCCCGAUCCCGAACCCUCGUCGACCCAAGGUUCCGCAUCGAACUUGAGUCUUUGUACUUGCUUCGACGUAUUGAUGCGGCGUGCGUCUGUGUUGGGGCAUGGGCGCGCACGUAUUGUACGGUCCGACAGAGUUCCAGCUUUCCAGAGAUUUAUGAGGAUGUAGAGACCAAGUGCGUCCCUCGGUUGUGUUCUAUCUCCUCUCCGGUCACAGAGUUUCGGAGAAUGUGAUUACGAUUCAUGAGUUUGU